AUGGCAGAGAAGCGGAGAGCCUCGCCUUGCACCGUGCUGAGCCUCAAGGCUCACGCGUUCUCCGUGGAGGCGUUGAUCGGAGCCGAGAAACAACAGGAGCAGCCGCGGCAAUCGCAGCAACAUCCGCCGCCGCAGAAGCGACGAAAGCUGGCCGGAACCAACGGGGAAGAGACGCCGUCCGAAGGCGGCGGCGGCCACGGGAAUAACUGCGGCACGGAGACCGGCGAAGGCGCCGGGCAGAGCGCCACUUCGCCUUCCAACGCUGAGACCUGCUCGGCCGCGCCUGAAGCAGCGAAGACUUGUGGCGCCCGGGAGGUACCUCCCGGCCCCGCCAAGGCUGCCUCGCCUUCACUUGCCGCGCAAGUGCCUCGGGUGGACCUGCAAGGCGCGGAGCUCUGGAAACGUUUUCACGAGAUCGGCACCGAGAUGAUUAUUACCAAGGCGGGAAGACGGAUGUUUCCUGCAAUGAGAGUGAAAAUUUCAGGCCUAGAUCCUCAUCAGCAAUAUUACAUUGCUAUGGAUAUUGUCCCUGUAGACAGCAAAAGAUACAGGUACGUUUAUCAUAGUUCCAAAUGGAUGGUAGCUGGAAAUGCUGACUCACCCGUUCCUGCCCGUGUGUACAUUCAUCCAGAUUCACCUGCUUCAGGAGAGACUUGGAUGCGGCAAGUGAUUAGCUUUGACAAACUGAAGCUUACAAACAAUGAACUGGAUGACCAGGGUCAUAUAAUUCUUCAUUCUAUGCACAAAUACCAGCCACGUGUCCAUGUCAUUAGAAAAGACUGUGGGGACGAUCUCUCCCCAGUCAAACCCAUUCCUUUUGGGGAUGGCGUGAAGGCAUUCACUUUUCCCGAAACUGUUUUCACUACUGUCACAGCAUACCAGAACCAACAGAUCACCAGACUCAAGAUUGAUAGAAAUCCUUUUGCAAAAGGAUUUAGAGAUUCAGGGCGCAACAGGAUGGGACUGGAAGCUUUAGUAGAAUCUUACGCAUUCUGGAGGCCUUCACUGAGAACACUUACAUUUGAAGAUAUACCUGGAAUUGCAAAACAAGGAAACACUGGUUCUUCCAGUUUGCUCCAGGGAUCUGCCAAUGGGGUACCAUCUACUCAUCCACAUCUCCUUCCGGGGUCACCUUGUUCUUCUCCUGCUUUUCACCUCACUCCCAAUACUAGCCAAUUCUGCAGCCUUGCUUCAGCUGACUAUACAGCCUGUGCUCGCUCAGGUCUAACCCUUAACAGGUACAGUACUUCCUUGACUGAAACCUACAACAGGCUUGCCAAUCAAACCAGUGAGACCUUUGCAACCCCAGCAACUCCCUCUUACGUUGGUGUAUCAAAUGGUUCAGCUGUGAAUAUGCCUGUGGCAGGUAGUGAUGGUGAUGCAUUCAGUUGUCCGCAGGCGGGAUUAUCGAUGCAAAUUUCAGGGAUGUCUCCACAACUCCAGUACAUUAUACCUCCUCCAUCUGGCAAUGCCUUUCCAGGAAAUCAGACCCAUCCAAACUCUUACAACACUUUCAGGCUGCAUAGUCCUUGUGCUCUGUAUGGAUACAACUUCUCCACUUCCCACAAACUGGCUGCAAGUCCUGAGAAAAUUGUUUCUUCCCAAGGAACUUUUUUGGGGUCAUCACCAAGUGGAACCAUGACUGAUCGACAGAUGUUGCCCCCUGUAGAAGGAGUGCACUUACUUAGCAGUGGGGGGCAGCAAAAUUUCUUUGACUCUAGGACCCUAGGAAGCUUAACACUGUCAUCAUCUCAAGUAUCUGCACAUAUGGUUUGA